GCCACCUGUCAGUGUCCAUCAGUGCCAGCUCUCAGUGCUCAUCCAUGCCACCUGCCAGUGCCCAUCAGUGCCACAUUUCAGUGCCAUCAGUGCCACAUCAAUCCCACAUAUCAGUGCCCAUCUGAGCUGCCUUUCAGUGUCACCCAUCAGUGCCAGUCAGUGCCACCUAUCAGUGCUGCAAAUCAGUGCCACCUAUUAGUGCCAUGCCCAUCAGUGCCACCUAUCAGUGUCCAUCAGUGCAGCCUAUCAGUUCCCAUUACUACAUCCUCAUUAGCGCACAUCAGUGAAGGAGAAAAAUCACUUAUUUACAAGAUUUUAUAA